CUGUCUGUCAUUGCUGUUGACGCGUAAACCCGGAAAAGGGAAUAGGAGAAGUGUUGUGUUGGCAUUCUGGAGAGAUUUCUGGAUCAAAGUGCAAUAAAGCUGUGGUUUCUGUAGCCCCAGCGUGUCCACAUACAUCAACCAGGCGGCUCGUUAUGCAGAAACACCUCUUCUAAGCGACGUAGUAUCUCCAUAAACGAGGAACAGUGCUGAGGAAGGAGAAUGGGGAAGAAGGAUGCCAUUGCGACCGGAUUACCAGUCGAUCAGUACCGGAAACAGAUCGGUAAGCAGGACUACAAAAAGACGAAGUUAGCCUUAAAGGCCACACGGCUGAGAGCUGACCUAAAGAAGACCUCCUCUGGAUUCAGGGAUGCAUUCCUGGUCAUCGCUGCGAUUCUGUUCUUUGUCCUCUGCGUCUACGCCUUCUUCUACCUCAACCUGAGCACCGAGCUUAACCUGGAUCUGGAUGUGGAUUAAUAAGAGGUGGACAGUGUGCCCGACGACGUCUCGUCUCUACGCUUCGCACACGAGGACGGAGCACAGUCUGUCAGCUUUUUUUACGCACCUUUGGUGACACGGUGACAAUGAGCUGGCUCUUCGGGAGAAAAUGAGACGAUGCAUCAAAUAACUCGUGUUUCAGGCCGUUUGUUUUGUAUCUAGACACAGUUUCUUCUUUCCUUUUUAUUUUCUUCACAGGAGCACGCAAACUGUAAUCAUUAUUAUACUGACACUUAUUAUACUGUGGUUCUAAUUUCUUCUUUUCUUUCCCUGAGUCUAGAUCUGAGCUUUGAUUAUCUUUCCCUGAAAAAGUCAGUGACCUCUUGCUUCGUGGCACUUGUAUAACAUCCUGCUGCAAAAUCUACAUAACAGCAGGGAGAUGAGCAGCCUUUUUUUUUUUUUUUUUCUUAACACAAGUCUUCCAAACCACAGUCAAGUCCUCUGUUAAUCAUAUUCUGCGGAGUCACGUCCCACUGUUUUCUCCACUAAUAGAAAAAUGUAAAUCUCCCGCCGAACCUCCCGUCACAUCGAGACAAACACUUGCCUCGCAUUCCAGUGCACAAACCUCUCCUCCUGGAUAUCUGGAGAUCACAAAGUGUGAGAUUAGAAUCCACAAAGCCCUCGCCCUGAUUGAAAGUGUGUGCAGAAUACAGAACAACACAUUCUACCUUUCAACAUACAGCUGCGGAGACACGCAUCCGCGGGAUUAGCAUUACAAAUAUGAUCCUGUUCUUUCAUUUGAAUGGAAAUUACCGAGAUGAAUGGUGACUGAAUAGAGGUGAGCCUUUAUGUUUCUCAUAAGGAACACCUUGAUAAUUUCCCUUCUUGUCAGAUGCAUGCAUUGUUGUCCCCAUAAGGAUGUGAUGUGUCUCUAUAUGAGUAUGAAGGUUUGUCAGAGCCUCUUUAUCGCUACCCUUUGUACACGAGUACCGCAAGGUGCAAGGUCUGACCUUCCAUUAACCAUUCCAGUCCAAGUGCUUCCACUGUUUGAGAGCUUCUUUGUUAGCAAAGAGUCAGGGCCAUUUAUUUAGUCCAUUUUGUUUGAAAUGGCACUUUCUUUUUUCCAUGUUAUCACUUUCUAUUCCGUGUUUUUCUCAGCACACAUCAGAUCUUUCUAUCAAUAGCAAUACUGUUCUCUAAAAGGCAUUGUUUUGAUAUGACUCUUUUAUAUUAGUGUAAUGCAUUGAAGGCCAAUACAAAAUACACACGAGACCUUGUGACUUCUUUCAUUCCUGACAUGUUUCUUUCCCACUGAGUCUCUUUUAAAAACAAGUCUUGUGUCUGUGCCUGACUGUGGCUGAGACGAAAUGUGAGACUUGAUUUUGAGCUUUCAGUCUCUGCCUUUUACCCUCUUUUCUCCCAUGACCUCUCAACCUAGUAAAAGACUACAUGUCCAAGAAACCAUUAUGAUAAGCGUGUACCCUCCCAUUGGCUUUUAUCUGGCCUUGGUACAUCCAGACCUCCCCCCCUCCUUCACCACUGUGAGUCACUCACAUGUGUAACAAUAGAAAGUCCGACCUAACAGACCUUCAUAUGUGACACCUGUUAUCUAAAAGGUCACCGUUACCAACUUCAAGAGCUCUGACAUCGGCACACAAUGGGAAGGAUCUGGCAGCACAACCGAUUUAUUCAGACCCACGUUUGGCAAGAUGAGAUCACAAAAGUGCUAUUAUUGAAUUGGUUUGUUUGGUAUAUACAUUUUUUUUACUGUUUGCUUUGUCGUUUUGAAUCAGUUACAGGAUACUAUGUGAUAUAUUAUGAAUUAUCUUUCUGAUUUUUUUUGUUAUUAAAUUGCUUCAAAAUC